GCUUCCCUUCCCACAGCCUUCGAACCCUAUUACUACACUUCCAUCUUCAUCUUCUUCAACCUCUUUCACGUUCUUAAUCCUUAAUUCUUUAUCCCCACUCUUCUGCUCUCUGCAGAAGAUCGGAUCCGCCAUGGCAGAUUCUUCCAGACCCGUCACCGGCUACCCGGCUUACCCCAACGGCAACCCGCCGCCCUCCAAUUCACAGCCUCACGGGCAAGCUUAUCCCUAUGCUGCUCCUCCUUAUUCCUAUCCCUCUCACUACGCCAACCCCUACGAUUCUACCCAUCACAAUGCUCGUAUCUCCUUUCUUCGAGCUAUUAUUGCUGGAAUCAUUGUCAUCUUCAUCAUCACCGCCGUCAUUCUUUUCAUUAUCUGGCUCGUUCUCCGCCCUCAACUCCCUGAGUUUCGCGUCGAUUCCUUUCAGGUAACCAACUUCUCCGCUGCCUCUCAGUCCCUCUCCGCCGCCUGGUUCGUUGGUUUUUCCGUCUUCAAUCCUAACAAGAAGAUGAGUAUCUCAUACGACUUUGUCGACUCCACCGUUUUCUACAAGAAUCAGAUCCUUUCCGAAACCCGAGUCCCUCCAUUCAUUCAGGAUAAGAGAACCCACACGGUCGUUAAUGCCUCUUUCUCCUCACUCAAUGCUUACAUCGAUGCCUCGUCUGUGAAUGAAAUUAACGAUGACCGCCGACGAGGGGCCGUCAAAUUCGAUGUCGGGCUAUCCGCUCGGGUCGGGUUUCGAGCUGGUUGGUGGAGGGCCAGGAGGCGGUUGCUCAGGGUUCUGUGCGAGGACCUGUCGGUUGGCCUGUCGUCGUCGAAUAGCAGCGCUUCAGGUAAGUUGAUGGGUGAAUCAAGGAGCUGCAGAGUCGCCAUAUGAGUAGAUCGGUACUUGCCUUAAUACGAAUUAAGCCCAUGUUUAGAAGUGUUUUGAUUCUAUAAAGAAAGAGGAAUUCAUGUAGGCAUAAAUGUACAUGAACUUUUUAGGCUAUGAGUGAGUAGAGGUUGUAUAGUUCAUAAUACAAUUUUUGCUGUCUGAUUCUGAUGUUGAUUUCUUUUGGAAUAAGGUAAAUGGUUUCCUCUUAUAUUGUGAUUUAUCAAUCUUAGAACAUGAGCUCAGGGAACUGUACAAAAGUGAAGAAUAUCUGUUGGUGUAUGCAGGCAGGAUACAAAUUUGUAGUC